UUGGGUCUUCUGCUCUUUCUCCUUGAGGGAGUAAAGCAUGUGGGCUGAAGGACCUUUUGAAGGUUCAAAGUGUCCUAGUGCAUUCAUCCACCUGGAAAAGGGAGACAGAGAGGCAGAAGCCAUGAUAAGGGCUGUGGGUUGGGAAUGCAGGUUCAUGGUGUGGAAGACUAACUGGUGAUGUCAUGGGGGAUGCUGUAUGUCCAGGGUGAGGGUAAGAGUAGUGCUGUGGAGGAGGGGCAACAACAUACAGGCUUAAUCCCUGCGAUCCUAUAAGGUCGUCAAGGUUACAUUUGUUCUCUCCCUUCCUAUCCCUUGCUUUCUGUUGGAAAUUACUUAUGCAGAGCCAAAAAAUUGUCCCCUAAGUUCUGCUUCUGUUGCUGCCUCCAGUCCUCUUUCUACAAGCUGAACUAAAAUGCCCCUACAGCAAGUGGACUGGGGGGGAGGAAGUUUUUCUAAGGGGGCUGGCUGGGCAUCGAGCUGCUGGUGGAAGGUGAUGAGUGAACGCUUUUGCAUCACUAUUUUUCUCCCUCUUUCCUUCACUUAUUAAACUGUCUUUAUCUUGACCCACAAAGGUUUUUUUUCUCACUUUUAGUUUUCCAGUUCUCUCCCCCAUACAGCUAUAGAGGCAGUGGGUGAAUGGCUGGUGGGUGCUUAGCUGCUGGCUGGGGUAGACCCACCACAAUCCACAGAAUGGAAAACAGUAGAAAACCAGUAUGUCCUCUCUUCUGUAGCAUCUCCCCUUGCAGCUUUUGGGUGACCCUCCAGCCCUGCAGUCCAAGAUGCUCUGCAGUGACCUAUGGGCUAGGGAAGUGGAGACAGCUUGGCUGCAGGAACAGACAGCAGGAGGAAUUGCAAAACCGAGCUACUUCCUCUGCCUCUAAUCUCCUUGCCUGGUCUCUGCUGAGGCUUCUCCCACAAAUGUUAAAGCUGCCUCUCAGCUCUCCAGAAGAGCCAUCCCCAUUUUUCCUGGCAAGCCAGAAAGAAAGGAUCCCUCAGCUACACCACAAACAACUAGCUGAGGUAAUGUGCAGAAACUGUUUCUCGCUGGUCUGCCAACUAGGCUGCAGUCCCCAGGUUGAGGUGCCUCAAGGAUUGAAGCCCAGAGCAUGCUGAGAAAGAGCUGCCUUGAAGCAGAGGAAAAGGCAGACAUUUGUGUAAGGGACCCUUUUCCCAGGAUGUAAAAAGGUGCAGCUUGGGGGGCAAGGGGGCAUGCAAGGGCUCCUCCUGGGUGCAACCCUCCCUUGCUUUACUGUGCAGAAACAAGAAAUUAUGGAGCUGGUCUCUGGUUGAGACUUGUCUAAGGAGACGGUGGUGUGGCAGCACAGUUAAAGCGAGGACUGUGCUGAAGGACAGGAGAUGGGUUUGGCUGCUCAGGAAGCCGCAGCUCCCUUCCCACAGCUGUGCGUGCUGAUAGAGGGUCUGGGCAGCCCCCCUGCUAGCACUGCCGCCAGAGCAGCGCCUGGUCCUCGGGCAGGAGGGAGGCAAAGAGGCAGGAGAGCAAACGCUGGAUGGUCCAUGGCCAUGCAGGUCCCUGCCCUACUCCUGCUCAUCCUCCCGGCCCUGCUGCUCCCAGCUGGCACUACCGACCCAAGCCAGCCCUGCCCGUCAGAGAUGAACAGCGUCAAGGACCUCCUGGAGGUGAACUGCACAGGGCAGGGUCUCAGCACGGUGCCCACAGGCCUACCUGAGGACACAGGCAUCCUGCUGCUCAAUGCCAACCACCUGGUGUCCCUCUCCACCGAGGUCUUCCAGAAGCUCAUCAGCCUGCAGGACCUCGACCUGUCCAACAACCGUCUGGUGUCUCUGCACAUCAGGCACCCACUGGAGAGCCUGAAGGAGCUGAUCCUCUCCCACAAUGAGCUGGGGGCCCUGCCUGCCCUGAAGGGCCUGCCCAAGCUCACCCACUUGGCUGUGGCCAACAACAGCCUGGUGACACUGGCCCCGAGGUCUUUCAGCGCUGUGCCACACCUGAAGGACCUGGACCUGCGAGGGAACCAGCUGCGGACGCUGCCCCAGGAGGUCUUUGCGGGGCUGACAGCCCUCGAGGACUUGGACAUCUCAGACAACCAACUGGAAGAGCUCCCCAAGGAGCUGCUGCAGGAUCUGCAAGCGCUGCAGACCCUCUGGCUCUCAGGCAACCGCCUGCAGACUCUGCCCACUGGCUUCUUCCCCAAGGGGCACUUCUUCAUGUAUGUCUUCCUCACUGAGAACCCCUGGCACUGUGACUGCAAUCUGCGCUACCUGCAAGCCUGGAUCCGGGAAAACAGUGGCAGCGUCUAUCAGCCGGAGCGGGGCCUGGGGAAGACAAAGGUUGAGGUUGCCCCCAAGAAGGUGGUGUGCCAAAGCCCCGACGAGCAUCAGUUCAAGCCUGUCAUCAACUUCAAGCACAACUGCCCCAACGUGGGGGAUGUGGAUGAGGAGGAAGAGGAUGACUAUGGUGAUGAGGAAGAAACAAUGGAGAAAUCUACCAUGGUCACCUUCUCCCCCCCACAUCCAUCUAUCACCAAAGAACAGACUACCAUGCCCCAUGCUGUUACCUGGCCUCCCCUCGCUACCAGAAGGCCCCCCCUCAGCACCCCUUGUAGCUCCACCCUUGCCCCAAGCACUUCACUUGCGAUGCCUGCAAGCACCAGAGCUCCCAGUACCACCAUUCCUGCGCCAGCCAGUCCUACCGUCACACCCACGCAGACCCCCAGCACUGCUGCCGUUGUCACUGAAGCCCCCGCCAGCACCCCGCACACUCCCACCACCCUUGUCUCUGCUACCUCACUGCCAACCACUGUGGGCAGCAGACCUCUCAGCACCAGCAGCCAUCCCCAAACCACCCUCACCGCCAGCACUACCAACACCCGUGCUACUCCCAUAGUGUCCACUGGCAUGGUUUUCACCACCUCCACGACAGUACCUUCUACUGCCACACCAGAAGCCUCUUCCACUGUCAGAUCUUCAUCUCCUCCUCUGAUGUCAACCACGCCGGUGCUCUCCACCACCGUGCUUUCCACUCAUGCCCCAACGCCGCCAGCAACCCUGGACACCACACGCUUCACCCAGUCUGCACCUCUCCCCUUCUGCCCGUGCUCCAUCCCAGGACUGGCCGUACCUGUGCUACGCUCGCGGGUAGGUGGGGAGGGUCCGCAGUGGGGGCAGUGGGUGCUGAGGAACUGCUGCCUAUUGCACUGGGUGCUCUACCUGGCCUCCUUGGCUCUGCUGGUCCUAACCGUGCUGGCUCUGGCAGGCUGGCUGGUGUGGAUGUGUCUGGUGCGACGGCCCUUCUGGCACAAGUCCCUGCAGACCCAAGAGGUGCAGUAUCCACUGAGGAGGUGGAGGGAAUCAACAGAAAGCCCUGUGAUGUAUCUUGAAAGCCCCCUCCGGCGCCCCACGUUCUGUACCAUCAAGGAAGUAGAGUUGUGCCCUGAGGUCACUUACUGCACGAUUAAAGACCUGGGAAUGCAACGCAGUCCUCCUGCAAGUUCCUCCUUCUGCACCACAAAGGAGCUGUGGGUCCACCAUAGUCCUCCGAAUGCUUCAUUCAGGUCUUUCUCCAGGAAACUGAAGGUCACAAACCUCAGAUCCCUGAGGUCCCCUUCUGCUUACAGCCUGGACAGGGGUGUCAAGGCCAUCGGUGAUGUCAGAAUGAAAUAUGCUGGCAACACCUUGUAAAUGCUUCUGUAUUUUCAGAGAAAGAGAUGGAGGGUCGUGGCUCUGCUUCACGUAGCCUUGUUUUACAAGGGAAAGAACUGCUUGCCCAGGGGGAAGCCAUCCAGCUCUUUCCUCUAGUAUUCUCUCGCACACCCUGAGGUUUCUAGAUCUGCAAUAAUUACUUGCAUACUUGGCAGGGGGAGAAGAUGUCCUAAACUGGGCAAGUAACAGUGUGGGGCUGCCGCUGCCUGGUUUUGGGGUGAAUGUGGGAAAUCAGAGCUUACUUUGUACUCUAUGUCCCACCCGCUUCUGUUUGAAUGAUGUACAUAAAGUUACGCUAUUCUUUCAAUUCAGUGCCAGGUUGUUAAUCACAGAAUAAAUAUUCUCUUUGCCUGAAUUUCAAAUGGGUGCUAGUUUCCUUUCAUUUGACCUCCCAUAGUCCUGGCAGGAUACAGUGAAUGGCUAAAUUGUCUUCAGUACUUGGAACAGUGAAGAUAAAGAGGAAAAGUCCACUUAUACCCAGCUUCCUGACUUUUGCCCCAAAUGUGUAAUCUUUCCA